GACGGUGUCGGAAGGAGAGGGCUGUUGCGCCUCCACUCACACGGUCACUUAUUCUUUUGUGAGUGCCACUUCAGUGCCAAUAUGCCACGUGGAAGACCCAGAGGAGUUGCAGCCGAGAAGCCUCGUGGCCGCAUGACGGCCUAUGCGUUUUUCGUGCAGACUUGCCGUACAGAACACAAGAAACUUCAUCCCGACGAGAAUGUGCAGUUCGCCGAAUUCUCGCGCCAGUGUUCCGAGCGCUGGAAGACGAUGUCCGACAAGGAAAAGAAGAAAUUCCACGACAUGGCAGAGGACGACAAGAAGAGGUACGACGAGGAGAUGAAGGACUUCGUGCCCUCGCCGGGCGCGGGGCGACGAGGACGGCGCGCGCGAGGAAGGAGACCCAAGGAUCCCAAUAAGCCCAAACGCGCCUUGUCCGCUUUCUUUUACUAUGCCAACGAUGAGAGGCCCAAGGUGCGGGCGGCCAACCCUGACUUUUCCGUGGGCGAGGUCGCGAAGGAGCUCGGGCGACAGUGGAACGAGCUGGGCGAGGAUGAGAAGGUCAAGUACGAGAAGCUGGCCGAGGAGGACCGCGCCCGCUACGACCGCGAGAUGACGGCGUACAAGUUCGGCGGCGCGUCCCCACAGAAGAAGAUGAAGGCGAGCAACGGACACCCUGUGGACGCGGACCCUGAGGACGACGAAGACGAAGUGGGCGGAGAGGAAGACGACGAGGAUGACGUGUCUGACGAAGGGUCGGAGGACGAGUGAGCGAGCGUCUUGAGUGACGAAGUGUGUGAAAUUUACAGGACCAAAAAGACAGUGUUAUUGUGAUGUACAAACUUAUUUUUAUAUUCCUAAGCCUGUACAUUUUAGAAGUUAGUGUAAUCUAUUUAUCCCGGUUGGGAUUCCUCAAGGAUUGAUUUUACGACUCGUGUUACCGUAUAUCAUGUACUUACAAACCUCAAUUUUUGACAUUUAGUUUUUAUAUUUUCUACCAAUAAACAAAAACUGCCA